AUGUCCAAGGACGCUUAUCAGAACGUAUAUUCGUUCACACACAAGAGCAUUGAUGGCGAUGAAAUCCCUAUGGAAACAUACAAGGGAAAUGUCAUCGUUGCCGUUAACCUGGAAGCUCUGGAUCGACAAUACCGUGAUAAGGGGUUGAAGAUCCUCGCUUUCCCUUGCAACCAGUUUGGUGGGCAAGAACCGGGAUCAGAUGCAGAAAUCAAGAAAUUUGCCAGUAAAUUCAAUGUCAAGUUUCAGCUGUUCUCAAAGAUCGAUGUGAACGGCAGUUCUGCGGAUCCGAUGUGGGAGUACAUGAAGUCUCAGAAAUCUGGCAUUUUCGGGUUGAAGUCUAUCAAAUGGAACUUCACAAAAUUUUUGAUCGACAGAGACGGCAAAGUCGUCAAGAGAUUUGGUCCCAAAGAUGAUCCGAACUCCAUGGUCCCGGAUAUUGAAAAGUAUCUGUAA